CGAUAAGUAAUCUUACAAAGUUUAGGCUCGAAUAUGUACAUCACAACAUAUAUUUAUUUUACGAUAUUAUACAAACCAUAUUUCAGUGGAAGGAAGGUAAUACUGGAAAUUGGAUAAUUAGCUUACCAGUUACCUCAACCCUCAAGGGUAAAAUAAUAUUUACCCCUCAAUUAAAAAGAAAUGGACCAAUACAAUAGUGAGAUAAGAGUCGCCCAAAUUAAAAAAGAGUACUAUAUGUUUUUACACGAUAAAAUCUUGCAAAGCUUGUCCCUGUCAAUUCUUUUUAAACACCAAACCUACUCUCUCCUUCGCCACAAAUGAGAAUCAACUUCACCCAUGGAGAUCCCUCCUCCCCACUCCCUUCCACCGCACGUGUUUCUCAACCGCUCCGGCUCCCACUUUGUCGUACGCUUUGUACCGUCCGUCAUUCUCCCGCAACAUUCAUCCGGCGCGUGGAUUCUGUACCCAAAAAAAAAAAGAAAAGGAAAAAAAAAAGAAAAGGAAUUGAUGAUGAAUGAUGUCAGGAUCAGUUGAUGCUUUUAGGAAACUGUCCCAGUUGGGGGGGAGGUUAAUUGUCCCGUUUCUCCCUACUCUACUCACAAAGAUCAGAUGUUGUUGUUGUUCUUAAUAUAUUAAUUUUAACGAAAAAACUAAAAAGAAAAGACUUUUCUUACAAAUUAUUUUAAUUUAUUCUCUCAGUUUGUGUUGUGGAAGAAGAUUGGGACUGGAGAGAGAGAGAGAGAGAGAGAGAGAGAGAGAGAGAGAGAGAGAAGAAUCUUGAUGAAAUGCCCCCCACCCUCAUUCCUCAAAGACAUAAUUUUUAUCAUUUUUUCAUGCAUAUGAAUGAGAUAUUCUAGAUUGAAGAAGAUUCUUUGUAAAUACUCUUCUUCCUAGAGAACCCAUUGAUUUUUUUCCUCUUGGAGAUUGAGAAAAAACAAAUAUAUAGGGCUUGUAGGGGAAGAAAUUCCAGUAGUUGCAACAGGAAGAGGAAGAGAAGUGGCUGGGUUUAUUAUGGCCUUACAGCCCACAAGUUGACAAAUUUGAAGUCAUUUUUUCUUUGGAAAGACUUCUCAUUUGGGAUUUGGGCACGCAGCACUCACUCCAACUUUUUUUUUUUUAUUUUUUUUUACUUUAACACAGAGAGAUCUUAUCUCCAUAGUGUACUAUUUUGAUUGAUUGGAUUGAUUUAACCAAAAGUGGUCCUUCUGUAAAGAUGAUUAUAUGAGUUUCUGAGCUUUUUCUUUGGGAAUUCAUUCACAAUUACUGUUGAUUCUUUUCCUUUCCUUUUCCUUUCUUUUAUGGGUCUUGGUUAACAGAGAGAUUCCUAUUUUUUUUUUUUUUUUGGUGCUUGUGGAGUGAGUCAAGUCAUUCUUACUUCUUUUGGUUGCCACUAUCAAAGUCUUCUUACCAAGUUUUGUUUUUCUUUUUUGAGUCUUCUCUUCGUCAAUCGGCCAUGGAUGACCCUCUUGCUAUGUUUUCUGCUCGGUGAAGACUUUUUUCAUCAAUUUAGCUUCAAAAGUGGUAGAGCCUGGGAUCCUGCAAAAAAAAGGUAAUCCUCAUUAUAUCUCCGUACAAAUUUGUUGCCAUUUGACGUAAUUUUCUUCUUUCCUUCUUUUUUUUUUUAUAAUAAUUUUUCUGUUGUGGGAUAUUUUUUUUCUAAAUCUUCUUUGGGUCCGUUUGAAUUCCGCAAUUUCCUGACUAUCAAACUCUUAUGGAUUAUGUUGGGGAUUUUUAUUCAAGUUCUGGCCUUGUUCCUGAAGUCUACAUGGUGUUCAUGUUAAUCAUUACUGGUAUCAGCAUUGAUUAUUCAAUAUCAUUUUUUGGAUAUAUUAUUCCUGCUAUCUACAUAUUAGCUAUAAACAAAAAAAAAAUUCUUUACAUUCUUCAACAAAUUAUCUAUCUCUAACCCGAAACUCUUCUCUGUCUUGUUCUCCGGCAAGUGAAAGCAGGGUCAUUUAUGGAUAUUUGCAAACCCAAAAAUGAUUUUCACUAGUGAAAAAUCUAUCUUGCGUCCGUAAACCUCCCAAAGCCCGUAAAUGACAUGUGAGGACAUAUCUUGUGUCCCUUUUCUCCGUCUGCAAUUCCUAGAUGCCCAAGAGAGGAUAGUUUGGUUUACACUAGUGAUCUGAAAUUAAAAACUGAUUGAGCUGUAUGUCUUGAUUCAGGAUUUUAAAAUUUCUGAUCCUGUCCUUCAUUGAUUGCAAAAUAGCCAAAAGGACAAAUGAGAUCCUUUGGAAGCCCAAUGAACGAUUAAUGCAAGACAGAAUGUGAAUCCUUAUCAGCAGCAGGAGUAUUUUUUGUUGUUUUUUGCAUGGAUUUUUGCUUGUGUGCUGAGGGAAUUAAUUGUCUUUGAAUAAUAAUGAAAUUUUCUGUUUAAAUCAUCACAUGUUCUUACGACCCGAAUGUUUGUCACUGGUGCCGUGGAAGUUAGUGGUAUAGAGCUUGUUGCACAUUGUACACACGAAGACCCUGCCAUCAAUUUCUGCAGCCAAUCAAUGUUGCAAGUUUCACUUGAGCAUCAAUAACUAUUGUGCUACCUCUUUGUUUCCCACUGAAGUUAAUCUUGUAUUUUACAAUGUUGGUUGCAGGAAUGGGAGCAGAAAUUCAUCCCAAAAGGGAUUCAAAUGGAUAUUAUUCCAUUUGGGGUCUACAUCAAGAUGCCAAAAAUGAUAUUUGGUCAGUGUACCAGGAAAAUAGGCCUCAGAAAAAUGGUCAGUGUUUAGAGACAACUUUGCCAUGGAAUCUGAAGCUUGAUGGCUCGCUUGAAUAUGACAAGGAAAAAAUGAAGCAAACUAUUCUGAGGCAUGAAUCAACCUUCCGGCACCAGCUCCAAGAACUCCACCGGCUCUAUGGGAAGCAAAUGGAGCUUAUGAAUGUCUUUAGAAGAAGUAAUGUACAGCAUCUUCGACUUCAGGAAGAAGCAUCAAGUUUGAGUCACUUUCCAUCUCAGAUAUCUUUUGAAAAUCCUAAGCGUGGGUGGCAUGACUCAGAUGUUCCUUCAAUGAAGUUGGUGUUUGGUCAAUCUUCUCAAUCAGAGUCUAGCUGCAAACAGUCUUUCCCUGGUGUAAGUAAUGGGAAAAACAUGAUGCCUUUUGCCGCCAGAGAUUAUGGAAGUUCAAAAGUUAUGGAACCUCCAAGCUCGAACGGAACCUUAACCCGUAGAGAAGUUAUUGACCUAGAGAUUCCAGCUGAUGCAUGCAUGCAUAAUGAAGCAACAUACUCAAGAGAAGUUCUUCGUGAAGUGCCUGGAAGCGAGAGUAACUUGACCACCUUCACUAAGGAUAAUCUACUUAGCAAAGGUGUAAAAACAUCCUUUUUCAAUGCUCUAACUGAUCACCAUAAUAGUGAUGUUUCAAGAUCUUCUUCUUUGUCCUUGAGAAAAAAAGAUGAGCUGGCCGACCUGAAUGACCCAAUCCUGGUUAAUGAUAGCUCUGAUUCAGAUUCUGCUGAUAAUCCUAUUGGCUUGAGUAGCAGUUGGGGCAACAAAAAAAGUGAAGAUAAAUCUGCAACUCCAGAUUCAGUUCUCAAUCCUAUGUGGAAGAAUAAGAGUCUAAGUUCCAAAGGGAAUAAUAACAGUGGAACUUUCGUCAUGAGUGUGGAGUCUAUGAAUGAAAUGGACAGAAAAGAGCGAUGGACUUGUGACUUCAGUUCCAAGAUAUUGAAACCAGAGAGCUUCUCCAUGAACAGAGAUGUCUAUUCCAGGCAUUCAUCUGUAGCUUUUCAAUCAUAUAAACAUGAGCCUGAGAAACGGAAUCAAAUGACUUCUUCCGAACAGGUCUGGACUGGUCAGCGAACGAAAAGGAAACUUUUUGGUGUAGAUAUCUUUGAAGUGAAUGAUGAAUCGUUGGUUAUGGGGAUGACCAUGAGGCAUAAUGCUGAUAAAAUCAAUGAACUUGGUUCUAAGCGACCAGUUAAUGAUGUCAAAUCUGGUUUUGAUUCAAGUACAGGUUCAUUUCAUAGCUCCAUACGUGAAGUGCCUUAUCAAAAUGGUCUCUCCCUUGGUUCACAAUUGAAUUCCAAGCAUGCACAGGGAAAUCCAUUGGCCAAUUGCCAGCUUAUCAACAACACAACCAUUUCUGACUUUGUUGUGAAGAAAUCUGCAUCUGUAGAUCUUGUGAAAUCUGUUGACAGUGGUGAGCAUUUAGAAUUGAAGCUGGCCAAGGUCCCAAGAAUAGCAACGGAUAGAUCUAAUAUCUUUCAAGAUGCUUUUGCUGCUGAGUAUAACAUUCUGCCUGCAGACUGUCAAAGAAAGCAGAAUGUUUUGGACGACUUGUCACUUCGCCCAAGGGAAACAAGAACUUGUGCAGGACAGUCGAGAGCAGAUAAGAACUAUUAUCACUUGAAUUUGGAUUCCUUGCAGAAUUGCUCUCAACAGUUUUUCAAGAAUAGCACUUCAGUGUCCUCUGAGAAAUUAAUUCAAAAACCGGAAAAGGUGUCUCCUGUUUUGGGUCAUGACAUAAAUGAUACUGAAGGUAAUUUACAUUGUUCUACCUUAAUGCUAAAAGAUUCUUCCAAUAGCCUUGAGGAAAGAGUCUCAGAGGAUUCCCAGCUGAUCAAUAAUGCUGCAGAUGCAUCACUGGAAAAUUUUGUUCCCCGACAUGAUUCAGCAGGCAAGUGCCUCCGAUUAGCAGAAUCAUUAAGUAAUAUUGACUUAAAUGUAACCUUAACUGAAGAGGAGUCUCCAUCAUCACCCUCUCCUCCUACAGUGAAACUGACUGUUACCAAGGUAGACUUGGAAGUUCCAAUAGUACCUGAUAAACAAAUUGACUUGUCAGAUGGUUCAAAGGAACAUUGUGAAGAGAUAAUGAAGUUUGCAGCCGAGGCUAUAGUUGCAAUCUCAAUGUCUGUUGGAGAAGUUACUGUUGACGAAGCAACUUCUGAAUCUAUGCAAGAAAAACCAGAUGGGUGCCUCCAAUGGUUUGUGGAUGUGGUCUCAACUUAUGAGGGUCAAGACCAGAACAACAUGAAUGAAGUUAACUUGAAUGUGAACGAUGAUUUCAUCGUGGAGUUGAUUCCAGAUGGUAUGGAUGAAUUUGAGUACAUGACACUUAAGCUGGAGGAUGUAAAGGUUGAUGACUGCUUUCCUAAAUACUCAGUACCACUUCUGGAGAAUCAGGAGGAUGAAGAAACAAAAGUUACUACAUUGUCAAGACGGCCGCGACGAGGGCAAAGGGGGAGGCAGCGUAAGGACUUUCAACGGGAUGUACUUCCAAGUCUCAUUUCCUUGUCAAAGCUCGAGGUAACUGAGGAUAUUCAGACAUUUGAAGAACUGCUCAAGUCUAGUGGUUUAACUUGGCAGUCAAGUUUGUCAAGAAGAGGUAAUGCAAAGACUUCAAGGGGAAGAAGGCGUUCAGGAGCGACAUCUUCCACUCAAGUAAAAGAGACAGUGUGCUCUCCAUUAGAAGAUAAACCUGUUUCUCGAGAAGUACAAGCCGAGGAUAAAACACUAGUUGGAUGGGGAAAGAGGACGAGGCGUUUGCCAAGGCAAAGAAGUGUAAAUGGUCCUACUGCUAUUCUUUGAAGCAAUACUAACUUGCCUAGAAUGUUGUAUAGGUAAACAGAUUAGUUCCAUCAUAAGAGUGAAAUAUUGCAGCAGUGACAUUCUUGCUAGGAUUCUUGAUUUUACAUACUCUGAAACCUUUCUGAGCUUUGCUGUUCAAGUUUUAGUAGUGAACUCGCUCCGUAGGUUGUAAUAGAUUGGAUCAUGUGUCUCAUUUUCGUAUCACAACUAAGUUUAAUUAGCUUGUUUUAACUACAUAUCUCAAGUCUCAACUGCUAACUGAAGACAUUAUGCCAUUUUUCAGUAAAAUGAGCCAAAGGAAAAUCUGUAGCUGGAAUGCUCUUAUAUUUCCGGGAAUCGGCAACUUGGUCAGCCUAAACUGGUGC